AUGGAACCAGCGGCGGCAGCGUUCGUGUUCUCUCAAGGAAGCGGCGGCGGCACCAAAGAGCCACCGGAUAAAGAUCAAAGAGGAGGUAUCCAAUCAGUCUCGUUUAGGGACAAACUUGUGGGUACAAAGGCAGUUGGUGUCGUCGGAGCGGAUGUUGAUUUGCGCGAUGAAGGUUUGUUCACGAUAAUGCAUGAUGGGGGGAAUCGUCUCCUUCCCCGCUGCUAUAUCAAUGAGGAUGUGUUCCAGAGUGUCUGUGCACCAUGGAAAGACACCAUAGUGGUCAAGUUGCUCGGUAAGACAGUGGGUUUCAUGGCCAUGAGGGAUAGACUAAAAGCACUGUGGCGCCCUCGUGGAGGUAUGGAUGUGUUAGAUAUUGGCCAUGGAUACUUCAUGGUCAAUUUUGAUAUUGAAGCAGAUAGACAGCAUGCAGUGGAGGGAGGACCCUGGCUCAUGUUUGAUCAUUAUUUGUGUAUGCGGCCAUGGACACCAGAGUUCAUAGCAUCUGAAGCAAAAGAGGAAACAACAUGUGUCUGGAUCAGGUUCCCAAGUUUGAGUGUAGCAUUGUAUGACAAGCGUAUCCUCAAGGCGCUGGCGGCUGCUGUAGGAAAACCUAUUAAGGUGGAUCUCAAGAGGGAAGUUUGCCAGGGUAUGUGUCGAGAUUGA